AUGAUAUGUUAUAAACUUGGUGGAAAGUAUGAAUGUUCUACGUUAAACCUCAAUAAUAUUGGAACAUUACUAUAUCAGCUCUUGAAGGAGAACUUUAUAUCAGAGAUAGAAGCAAAUGCUGCAGGUAUUGUUGAAAUGCACUAUGACUUCUUCUUGACAAACAUAAAGAAUCUUACUGAAAUAAAGAUGUAUGAUUUAACAGAAUAUGAAGGCUUAACGAUGUCAGAUGUAAAGAAAGGCAAACCAAAAAAGAGACCAUAUAGAGAUGAAAGCACACUGACAAAUGACCAGAAAGCCAUUUUGGAAGCUCUUAAGCAAACAGGAAACCCAGCACUUAUAGAAAGCUUUUGGAAAGAUAAUGGUGAAAAGAAGUUUUAUAAGAAGAGAAGCGGUCAGUUCUGGAAGUAUCUUUGCACAUUACCUAUAAAUCUUGAACGCUACCAAAUCUUCAAUGAACUGAACAAAAGAACUGCAACACUUAUGACAGAAGAUAACUGCUUCGUUUAUGCUUGCAUUCAGGCUGGAGUAAAUGAAGAAACUAUUGACCACAUGAGAGAAGUCAUUCGUGUUAGAGACUUUCCUCAAAGUAAAGUACAAGAAAUUUCUGACGCAACAGGUAUAGCAUUUAAUGUUACCAUUGGUUACUUCAAUGACUCAAGACAUAAUGAAAUAAAGAGAUACAUACCAAAAGAAUGUGAAACUGUUCGAACUAUUGACUUACUUCUUGUUGAAGACCACUACAUGCUAAAUGUAAGAUUACCAAUGACAACAUAUUUCAUUCGCAACUAUAUAGAAAUCUUGAAGGAGUGUGGUGGAAUGAACAUUGAGAAACAGAUGAAGAUUUAUACAAAGAGAGAGAACAAAUAUGUAGUUCGUUAUGAUAGAACAACACCGUUAUGGGAUGUUAUGAAAACAUUGUGGGAGUGCAAAUAUUUCGAACCUAUUUCUUAUGGAGAACUUUUCACAUAUACGACUGACUUAUAUAAACAGAACCUUGCACCAUUUAAUGAUUUGACAUAUGCUCCAAAGUAUUGUGUACAACUGAAGAAGAAAGCCGAGUCAAAAGAAGUAAAUAAAAAUAAGUGCAAGUUCAUUCCUGAGCACGUUUUCUUUGCUGACUUUGAGUGCAGUACUGAUGGCUUUCAUAAAGCUUUUAACAUCUGUUAUGACAGUGAAGAUGGUUCAGUGAGUGAAAGCAUUUGGGGUCAGAACUGUGCAACGGAAUUUUUGGAGCGACUUCCUGACAAGAGUUUAAUAUAUUUCCAUAACCUCAGUUAUGACAUAAACUUCAUCUUAAGACACAUGACAGAAGUGAAAGGAACUCCCAUCAUUAAAGGUUCACGAACAAUGCAAAUAACUGGCUUAUAUAAAGGAAGGGCAAUUAUUAUAAAAGACUCUUACA